AUGGAUCUAUGGACGAAUCAGCGGGUGCAACAGCAUCACGGAUUUUUUCAAAUUGCAUUAGCUGAUGAAGUAGAAGUGGUGAAGCCCAAUAAAGAUGAAAUAUCCGAUCAUGAGAAUGAAGUCGAUCAAGUAGCAUUGGAAUCAGAACAAGAACCACAGUCACCAACGAAAGUAUUAUACCAGCAUAACAUUCAACAACAACAGCCAGGACCAGCAAGAAGUAAUCAUCAAAGUAUAUCAAUGAGUUUGGGUCAACCCUUCGGUCCACCACCGCCGCCAUCACAAUUAGCUUAUCAGGGUCCACCACCGCCACUGCCACCACAACGAGGACCACAAAUACAUGCACCACAAGUAUUGCCAGACUUAAGCGUUGGCGCUUCAAAUACAAAUGAAGUAUGGUCUUCACCAGUACAAGAUAUGCCAAAAAUAAUUUCGUUAGAUGUUAAGUGUGAGAAGAAUGGAAUGAAAGUAUUUGUGCAAUUCGACAAACCAUUCUAUGGCAUUGUCUUCUCGAAGGGUCAUUAUAGGUCCAAUAAAGUUAAAACAGUAUAG